CUCUUUCAUGGCACUGCUGCUGCUGCUUGAAGGGGGAAUGUUCUCCUCAUUCCCCCCACCCUCCGGGCCAUUGGACAAGGUUUUUCAGUACAUUGACCUGCACCAGGAUGAAUUUGUACAGACACUCAAGGAGUGGGUGGCUGUUGAGAGUGAUUCUGUUCAGCCUCUGCCUCGUUUUAGACAAGAACUCUUCCGGAUGAUGGCUAUGGCUGAGGACAAGCUUCAGCGUCUGGGAGCUGGAGUGGAUUCUGUGGACUUGGGUUCUCAGCAGCUGCCUGGUGGCCAGAGUCUUCCUGUACCUCCCAUCAUACUGGCUCAGCUGGGGAACGACCCACAGAAACCCACUGUGUGCUUCUAUGGGCACCUGGAUGUGCAGUCUGCUCAGCAGGAUGACGGGUGGCUCACCGAUCCUUACACGCUCACAGAAGUGGAUGGAAAACUCUAUGGACGAGGAGCAACAGACAACAAAGGCCCAGUCUUAGCUUGGAUUAAUGCUGUGAGUGCCUACAGAGCCGUGGAGCAAGAUCUCCCAGUGAAUAUCAAGUUCAUUCUGGAAGGAAUGGAAGAAACUGGCUCUGUUGCCUUGGAGGAACUUGUUAGUAAAGAAAGGGAUCGGUUCUUCUCCAGUGUGGACUACAUUGUGAUCUCAGAUAAUCUAUGGCUUAGCAGGAGGAAGCCCGCACUCACUUAUGGUACCCGAGGGAACAGCUAUUUCACAGUGGAGGUGAAAUGCAGAGAUCAAGAUUUUCAUUCAGGAACAUUUGGCGGUAUCCUUAACGAACCAAUGACUGACUUGGUUGCUCUUCUCGGUAGCCUAGUGGAUUCAUCAGGUCACAUCCUGAUACCUAGCAUCUAUGACCAAGUGGCUCCUAUUACAGAGGACAAAAAAAUAUAUGAAACCAUUGAUCUGGACUUCGAGCAGUAUCGGAAUAACAGUCAGGUUGAGAAAUUUCUGUUUGCUACAAAGGAGGAAAUUCUAAUGCACCUAUGGAGGUACCCAUCUCUUUCUAUUCAUGGGAUUGAAGGUGCAUUUGAUAAACCUGGAAUUAAAACAGUUAUACCUGGACGGGUUACCGGGAAAUUUUCAAUCCGUCUAGUCCCACAUAUGAAUGUAUCUGUGGUGGAAAAACAGGUAAAACAGCAUCUUGAAGAUGUAUUCUCCAAAAGGAAUAGCUCCAAUCAGAUGACUAUUUCUAUGGUAGUAGGAGUUCAGCCAUGGAUGGCAAAUAUUAAUGAUACUCAGUAUCUUGCAGCAAAAAGAGCCAUCAGAACAGUGUUUGGAACAGAGCCUGACAUGAUCCAAGAUGGAUCAAGCAUUCCUAUCGCCAAAAUAUUCCAAGACAUUGUCCAAAAGAGUGUGAUGAUGCUUCCACUGGGGGCUGUUGAUGAUGGAGAGCACUCUCAGAAUGAGAAGAUGAACAGGUGGAACUACAUAGAGGGGUCCAAAUUAUUUGCUGCCUUUUUCUUGGAGAUCGCUAAACUACAUCAAUGACAUAUGACAGGAACCUUCUUGACUGACAGGAUACACUGACAGACUCCACUGUACCAUGCCCCCAGACAGAUGAACUCUAAACAUCCAGAGAAUGUUGCGCAAAUAAAGAAUGUUUCCAUCUCAUUUAAGACACCUUGGGACAUUUGGGUCAAUAAGGCACAAACAUUGGAAAUGAUGUAAAAUCUUCUACUUCUCAUUUUCCUAAAGUUGUAGCUGCUUCUUGACUCCCCUGAAUCUUGUGCAGCAGUCUCAGGAUAGAAUCCAUUGUAAUCUUCAAGUUUAUGCACGACAAUUCUUCAGUUGGUUGGACUCUCACCUUGUAAUUUGAUGGCCAUAAUCCCUCCAGUUUUCAUUCUAGCUCCCCAAAUGUCCAUGACACAAAAUCAUUUGUGACUGCCAGGAAUUACAUCACC